GCGCCCUCCUCAGGGCGCCGCCAUUUCCCGACGUGCCCCGCGCCCAAAGGCGGGCAGCGGGGGCCGCCAUGUUGGCGCGGUCGGCGGAGCCCGCCCGGCGCCGGUCCGAGGAGAUGCCGCAGCGGACAUCCCCCGGUGGAUCCCCCUGUGCGGCUGACGGUGCUGUGCCAGAAUCUCACCCCAGAGAACAGAAAGGGGAUGCUGAGCAACCCGUAAAGGCACCUGACGUAAUUGCUGUUAGCAAGGAGAACGUGAGUUCCCUUGUGAACGCUGGAGCAGGUACAAUGAAAAGAUCCCAUGGAAGUCCAAGCCCGCGCCUUGUCAGCCCUCAAGCCAGGCGUCGCUCCUGGCGUCGUUCAAGCCUGAAGGAGACAAAACGUCGGAAAUCUCUGCCUCCUUUUCACCAGGAUGUCACCGAACUGUGCAAGUCCAUUAGCCUUGACCUGCCAGAGACAGAUCGGCUUUCUAUGCUGUUGCUGUCCAGUUUCCAGUUUUCCGCACAGAAGCUUGAACACGUCUUGAAGCAGACGGAGGGUUUUAGUCCUGAGGCUUUCAAAGCUAACGUCAACUCGGUUUCAGAAGACCUGAAGCGAUACGUAGAGAAACUGAAACUAGAUGGAACGCUGAAGACCUGCAUAGAGAAGACUGAAAUGGCUUCAUUGGAUUCCAUUUCAGACGAGUCAGUGGCCCAAGCCAAGGAGCACAUCACCAGGUUUUCUGCUGAAUGUCAGGCUUGGGAUGAGCUCUUACAGUGCUACCAGAAAGGCGCUGAAGAAAUGGCCAGGCAGCUGGAGGAGUGCAAGGCUAAUCGAGGACACGCAGAGCCUCCAAACUACCUGGAGACGUCUCAGGCCGAGGUCCUGAGCAGCAAACCCAACUACCAGGAGAUCCUGGACGCGCAGGGCGAGGUCCUGAAGUGCAUGGAGCUGGUGCUCGACGAACUGCGGCAGGCGGUGGAGCUGCUGCGGGCUUUCGGCGAGGACAGCCGCCAGUACCUGCGGGGACUGUCACAGCAGCUGGCGGCACGGACCUUCCGGCGCCUGGAGGACUCGCCGGUGCGCAAGCUGAUCGCUGCCCCGCGCAGAGCGGCGCCGCCGGAGGGCUGAGGGAACCGGGAGCGGGCCCGGGCCCGGGCCGCGGGGCGCUCAAUAAACACGGCUCUCUUCCGC